GAGAGGAAGGGAGAGCAAAAUGAAAGAGGCUCUGUAACCAGCUUGGUGAUGGCGGAGCUGUAAACACUGUCGCGGGGCUUGAGUCUGUCAUCCUUUUUGCCCCUAGCGACCCACCGCGCCCUCACACCGCACCCUAUUACUGUUAAGAUGGGUCGACUGAAACACUGUGUUGCUGUGAGGCUGUGCUGUGUGCUGGGUCCUGGUGCCUGAGGAGAGGGGGAGGAGGAGGAGGAGGGGGGCAAGGGAGCUGCUGCCACCACAAUGGGCCAGAACCUGUGCUGUCCGAAGAAGGGGCAGCCCCCCCCGCCCCACCAGCCCUUCAUGGACUUUGGUAAGGCUGACGGGGCUGCCAUGACGCCACCACACGGAGGGGGAGGGGGCGGAUCCAACCCCCGCUACUACCCAGAGCCGGCAAGAGGAAGCCGUCCUGCAUAUAACUCGCAGCAGCAUGGCGUAGAUGUAAUCAGGUCCAACUCAGGCCAAGGUCUUCCCCCACACAGCUGGAGUCAGCACGGCGGACACAUGAGGAUGAGGAAAGAGUCAGUGCGGUACUCCCAGCGGUGGUCCCCUGCACUACAAGAGCCCGGGACGCCCUCCACGCCAUCCCGGGGCGGACGCAUAGUUCUGGCUAUGUACACUUUUCAAGGUCGCAGUAACGGAGAAUUGUCAUUUGAGAAGGGCGAUCGUAUGGAAAUUAUCAAUGACUCCGACACUGACUGGUGGCUGGCCCGACACCUGACCCGACUCAUUGAAGGCUACAUUCCCAAGAACUAUGUGGCCUCUGCUUCAUCGCUGGAGUGUCAGGACUGGUACUUCGGCAAAAUAGCACGAAAGGAGGCUGAGAAACUCCUGAUGGCCCGAGGGAACCUGAGAGGAACCUUCUUGAUCCGAAUGUCUGAACAAACCAGUCAUGGAUACUCACUCAGCAUACGGGACUGGGACAGCAAUAAGGGCGAACACGUGAAACAUUACCGGAUUAAGGUGACAGAUGGUGGCAGUUACUUCAUCACCUCCACACAAGCCUUCCGCACCCUCAACGACCUCGUGGACGCGUACAAGAAGAACAACUAUGGCCUGGCUUGCCUUCUGCAGUACCCGUGUCCGAGACCUCAGCCUCAAAAGUGGGACCUGUCGAGGGAGACGAAAGACCAAUGGGAGAUAGAGAGAACAGCACUUACAAUGAUCAAGAAACUCGGUCAAGGGUCAUUCGGUGAGGUGUGGUAUGGCAUGUGGAACAACUCAAACGAGGUCGCCAUUAAAACUCUGCGGCAGGGAGCUAUGAGUCCUGAGGCAUUCCUAGAGGAGGCGCGGAUCAUGAAGCAGCUUAGGCACCGAAAUAUUCUGGUGCUGUAUGCAGUGUGUACGAAAGAGGAACCUAUACUGAUCGUGACUGAAUACAUGUGUAAUGGUGCCCUGCUUGACCUUCUACGCAGUGAAGGAGAACGAAACCUCAAGUUGAACGACCUCAUCUAUGUCGCCACCCAGGUGGCAGCAGGAAUGGCAUAUCUGGAAAGUCUGUUGCUCCUUCACCGAGACUUGGCAGCCAGAAACGUCCUUGUCGGCGAAUCGUUGCUGUGUAAAGUGGCCGACUUCGGACUUGCCAGGAUAGUCGAGGGGGAGGAUUACUGCCCCAGCACUUGCAACAAGUUUCCAGUGAAGUGGACCGCCCCAGAGGCCAUGCUGUACAACCGGUUCACCAUUAAAAGUGACGUAUGGUCGUUUGGCGUGCUGCUAAUGGAGGUUAUUACAUAUGGUGCCAAUCCUUACCCUGGCAUGAACAACCGGGAGGUAAUAGAGAGGGUACAGACUGGGUAUCGCAUGGCCAAGCCCCCCGGCCCAGAUGAGCUGUACAAGGCCAUGCUGCACUGCUGGAACAAGGACCCAGAUCUUCGCCCAACAUUUGACUUCCUGCACCACUUCUUUGACGACUUCCAAGUGUCAUCAGAGGUGCCAUAUCGAGACAUCCAUGAUUAGACCACUACUACUACUACUACUACUACUACUACUACUACAGCCACUACUACUACUACUACUACUGCUGUCACCAAUACCACCACCAAAACUGUUCAGCUACUACUACUACUACUACUACUACUACUAUUGAUACUGAUACAGACAUACUGCUACUGCUACUACUACUACUACUACUAUUACUACUACUACUACUACUACUACUACUACUACUACUACUACUAUUACUACUACUACUGCUACUGUAUUUAUUUUUGUCUGCUUUUUCUUCUUUUUUCUUCUAUUUCUUCUUAUUCUUCUUCCUCCUGCUCCUCCUCCUCCUCUUCUUUUUUUCUUCCUCCUCUGCCUCCUCUUCCUCCUCCUGUCUUCUUCCUAUUCUCUCUCUCUCUCUCUCUCUCUCUCUCUCUCUCUCUCUCUCUCUCUCUCUCUCUCUCUCUCUCUCUCUCUCUCUCUCUCUCUCUCUC